CCUUAUCCUAUCUUCUUCUAACUUCACUCCUUCACUUUUUCUUCUUCACUCCCUCAAAAUCCCAAAACACCAAAACUCCUUUUUCUCAUCACAAAAAUGGCCACGACCACUCUGACAACCCUCACCCUCCGCACCCCAGCUUGUCCUACACCCUCCUCCUACCCUGCCACAAGGCCAUUCCUCCAAUUCCCCAGCCGCUCCGCAGCGCGCCGCGGCCGGCUCGUCGCCCCCGCGGUCGCCGCGCCGGAGAAAAUCACGAAACUCGGCGACGAAAUCGCCGGACUGACCCUGGAGGAGGCGAAGAGCCUGGUGGACUUCCUGCAGGACAAGCUGGGGGUGUCGGCGGCGGCGUUCGCGCCCGUGGCCGCGGUGGCCGCUCCCGGAGGCGCGGCGGUGGAGGCCCCGGCGGCGGUGGAGGAGAAGACGGAGUUCGACGUGGUGAUCGAGGAGGUGCCGAGCAACGCUCGAAUUGCGGUGAUUAAGGCGGUGAGAGGGUUGACGAGCCUUGCGCUGAAGGAGGCGAAGGAGUUGAUCGAAGGCUUGCCCAAGAAGUUCAAGGAAGGGGUUUCCAAGGAAGAAGCUGAUGAUGCCAAGAAGCAACUUGAAGAAGCUGGUGCCAAAAUUGCCAUUGUUUAGUUCCACCACCACAUUCAUGUUGUUUUAGUUGAGUUCACUAGUACACUGUAAUUUCCUUUUAUUUUGUCUGCAUUUCAAUUUUAUUUGUAAUGAGGAAAUAUGAGUUUUUCUUUUUUCUUUUUUAUGCAUAUGAGGUGUUCGCUGAAAUGGGGUGAGGUGAAGGGAAAUGAACUGACUUAAAAAUUGGAAAUGGUACUCACAAGGCAUCUUAGUAAUGAUAAUUCAUCUGUGAUACCUAUGCUUCAUGCCAGUUGAAUUUUA